AUGUCUGGAAGUGCAUAUGACAGACACAUUACCAUCUUCUCAGACUCGGGUCGUCUGUACCAAGUUGAAUAUGCCUUCAAGGCUAUCACCUCGGCCAACAUCACCUCGCUAGGUGUGAAGGGAAAGAACUGCGCUGUGGUUCUGUCCCAGAAGAAAGUUGCUGACAAAUUGAUCGACCCCUCCUCCGUUUCGUACAUCUUCAGACUUUCCCCGUCAGUGGGCUGUGUAAUGACCGGCUCCAUCGCCGAUGCGAGGGCCAGUGUUGACCGUGCUCGUGGUGAGGCAGCUGAAUUCCGAUACAAGUAUGGCUACGAAAUGCCCUGUGAUGUCCUCGCAAAGCGACUUGGCAAUAUCAAUCAGGUCUACACGCAAAGGGCUUACAUGCGUCCCCUCGGAGUUGCCACGACCCUGGUAUCUGUCGAUUCGGAGAAGGGCCCCCAGCUUUACAAGGUCGAUCCUGCUGGAUACUACAUCGGAUAUAAGGCGACUGCAUCUGGACCGAAGCAGCAGGAGGCGAUCACUUACUUGGAGAAGAAGCUGAAAAACAAGGAGUACGCUGACGGCAGCUGGGAGGAUGUUGUGGAGCUGGGAAUCACCGCUUUGAGCAAUGUACUGAGUGUUGAUUUCAAGAAACACGAAUUGGAGAUUGGAAUCGAAGGGACAGACAUUGGUUUCCGGAAAUUGACGGAGGAAGAGAUCGACGAACGACUGCAGGCCAUCAGCGAGAAGGACUGA